CACCGACAUCGGCACCCGGCGGGGCCCGGGGGUCGGGGCAGCGGCGGAGGCGGCGGGGCUGAGCCUGCAGCCCGCGCCCGGCCCCUACGGCCGGGCCCCGCGGGCACCCCGGCAGCCCGGUCGCCCUGCACGCCCAGGAAGCCGUUUCCCCUGCUAUGAUGCCAGGGCAGAUCCCCGACCCGUCGCUGACGGCCGGUGCGCUGCCCGGGCUGGGCCCCCUGACGGGGCUGCCUGGCACAGCCCUGACCGCCGAGGAACUGAAGUGCGCCGACAUCCGCAACAUCGGGGCCAUGAUCUCGCCACUCCAGUUCCUGGAGGUGAAGCUUGGCAAGAGACCCCAGCCUGUCAAAAGUGAGCUGGAUGAGGAAGAAGAGAGGAGGAAAAGGCGCCGGGAGAAAAACAAAGUAGCGGCAGCACGAUGUCGUAACAAGAAGAAGGAGAGGACGGAGUUCCUGCAGCGGGAGUCUGAGCGUCUAGAGCUCAUGAAUGCUGAGCUGAAGGCCCAGAUAGAAGAGCUGAAACAGGAGAGGCAGCAGCUCAUCCUGAUGCUGAACCGGCACCGUCCCACCUGCAUCGUGCGGACAGACAGCAUCAAGACGCCUGAGAGCGAAGCCAACCCACUGCUGGAGCAGCUAGAGAAGAAGUGAAGGUGGCACAGGGCCAGGAGGAGGAGACAGUGGCACAGGGUCUUCCAGGGUCUCUAAUGUAUGUACUGUAUGAAGAACUGUGCACCCAGGCCAGGUGCAGCCAGGACCCAGUGGGCUUCCUUGGGAACUAUGGACCAAACGUGGGAACAGAGAAGAUCAGGAACCUGCCAACCAUGUACUCUGAGGCUGAACCUGGGAGCAGGGCUGGUGGUGUCAGUGAGGGCAAUCUCCCUCAUCACAGCCCUUCAGCCUGCUCUCAGCCCUGGGACCCACAAAGCCACGGCGUGUCCUGCGAGGAGCACGCAGCCCGUGGGUAGCAGGGGCUGCAGGCUGAGGAGUGGCAGCUGGGCAGUGCCCACCAGCACCCUGCCCAGAGGCUGCCGCUGCUCCUGGUGCACACUCUGGAGGGAAACCCAAACCCAAGAACCACAAACACUUGAUGCAGCCCCAUCUGGUGGGCAGGCCUGUCGGGGCUCGGUGGCGCAGGCGCCCCCCACAAGCACACUCAGUAUAAUGUUUACAGCCCAGCUGUCCGUGUCGGCCGUGCUUUUGAAUGCACAUUUUUACACUUUUUUAAAGUAUUUUUUACAAAGUUUUUAUACAGUGAUCUCUAUAUGGAUUUAUAUAAUCACUAGAUGUGAUCCCAUAGAAAUGUAUGUUAUAAUGGUCUGUUUGUUACAAACACAUAUUCCACAGUUAUCUCCAUUGUGUUACUUGUUGGGUAGCAUCCAGCUCCUUUCCUGGCAUGCUGGGAAGGGGGCCCAAGCUGCCCUCUGCAGUGGUGUCGCUACCCUCUCCAUCCAUGUAUGUCCUUCAUAAUACUAAGUUCUGUAUCUCUCAGUAAAUGUUACCUUUGCGUA